AUGUCAGAUUACAGCUUGAUUGACAACCACAGAGAACUGACAAAAAUGCUGUCUGAAUUGGAGGUUCCUAUAAAAAAUUAUGAACAUUCAGUGACGUACACAAGAGGUGAGAUAAACGAGGACUUAAUUGAGUCUUUGGUUGGAAGAAUUACUUUAGAUUUAGAUGAUACAUGCAUUGAUGUGACUCAGAUCAACUCAUUUCAAUAUGGAGAUAAUAUAAUAGUUGUGUUAGAGACAGUCAGUGAAGAGGAAUGUUACAUAAGAGAAUUUAAAUCAAAGUAUAUAGAAAAGGUCAACAAUCAAGGUGCCACAAGAGAAAAAAUUAGUCUCACUCCUAAUGACAUGUGUGCGACUGAUAACGGUGAAGUUUAUUUUAGUGACUUAAGUAAUAAGACCAUCGGCCGUCUGUCACCAUCAGGAUCCAUAUCUAGAGUUGUCAGGACGGAACCAAUGCUACCAGGAGCAAUCUGUCAGUCAGUGGACGGUGGACUGCUGGUCACCUUGAGAGACAACAAAUCAGAGCAUUACAAUUUGGACUCUCACAGCAGACGUAUCGUGAGACACAUCACAGUGACAGGUGAUGUCAUCCGUGAGUAUGAGUACCAGGAGGACGGUCAGACCAGACUGUUUACAUUACCAGUCAGAGUCACACAGAACAGUAACAGUGAUAUCUGUGUUGUGAACUUUACUAGUCCCACUACAGGUGAUCUAGUAAUUAUGUCUUCUUCUGGUCGUAUGAAGUCUGUUUACUGUGGACAGAACCUAACAAAGAACUUUUAUCCAACUGAUGUAGUGUGUGACUCCCUCUGUAACAUCCUUGUUACAGACCUAGGUAACAAACAGAUCCAUCUGCUGAGUCCUGAUGUUGAGUUCUUCAAGUUCUUACUAAAAGAGAAUGAAGUGAACCGUCCUUGCAGACUAACACUGUGCAAGUCUACACUGUGGGUGGGAUACAAUGAAGGAUUUGUCAAAGUGUUCAAAUGUAAAAUGUAA